UCGUGUGGCUCCGUUCCUCGAACACCUCACGCAUCAUGAUCCAGGAUCUCCUGCAGCGCCUGGCCCGCUGGCUUGACCGGCCGCUAUUCCCCUGGAAGAAGCUGGUCGUCGGCUUCUCGCUCGCCGAGUUUGCGCUCGAGAACUGGCUGCUCUUCCGCCAGUACCGCGUGCUGCAGCGCACGACGGUGCCCAAGGCGCUGGACAAGGAGAUUGACCAGCAGACUUUCGACAAAUCCCAGGCGUACGGCCGCGCAAAGGCGCAGUUCAGCCUCGUCUCGGCUCUCUUCAACCAGGCCAAACACAUCGCCACUCUCUACUUCAACGUCUACCCGAUCCUCUGGAGCGUCGCCGGCUCGCUCGUGGUGCGCUAUGCCCCGGUCAGCCUCUCUGGCGAGAUCCCGCGCUCGCUGCUGUUCAUCUACCUGAUGACGUGGGCGGAGACGCUCGUCGGCCUGCCCUUCUCGUACUACCACCACUUUGUGCUCGAGGACAAGUACGGCUUCAACAAGAUGACGCUCAGCACGUGGGUCGCGGACAUGGUCAAGGGCCAGGCGCUCGGCCUCGCCUUCGGCAUUCCCAUCGGCAGCGCGUUCCUGGCCAUCAUCCGCAAGACGGGCCAGAGCUUCUUCUACUACCUGUGGGUCUUCAUGCUCGGCGUCCAGAUCCUCGGCAUGACCUUGUACCCGAUCCUCAUCGUGCCCCUGUUCAACAAGCUCGAGCCGCUCCCGCCCGGCACGCUCAAGGACGCGGUCGAGGCGCUGGCGACGAAGCUCAACUUCCCUCUCGCCGAGCUGCAGGUCAUCGACGGCAGCAAGCGCAGCGCCCACAGCAACGCCUACUUCACGGGCUUGCCGUGGAUCGGCAAGAAGAAGAUUGUCAUCUUCGACACACUGCUCGAGAAGAGCUCAGAGAAGGAGGUCGAGGCUGUGCUGGGCCACGAGCUCGGCCACUGGAAGAUGAACCACACGUCGCGGCUGCUGUUCAUUGCCCAGGCGCACCUGUUCUACACGUUCGCGCUGUUCUCUGUCUUCAUCGACAACCGCUCGCUCUUCGCCGACUUUGGCUUCCACAGGGAGCAGCCGAACAUGAUUGGCUUCAUCCUGUUCAACGAGAUCCUGUCGCCGACGGAUGCGCUCUUCAAGCUGGGCAUGAACUUCUGGACGCGCAAGAUGGAGUACGAGGCUGACGCCUUUGCUGUCAAUCUCGGCUACCGCACCGAGCUCGGUGCUUCGCUGCUGAAGCUGCAGAUCCAGAACCUGUCCUCGAUGGACGCCGACUGGUUCUACUCGUCGUUCCACCACUCGCACCCGAUCCUGACGGAGCGCCUCCGGGCUAUGAACUGGUCCAGCAGCGAGAAGAUUACGUCGGAGAAGGCCAAGGACGAGGACAAGGCGGUGAAGGCCUCGGGAACCGAGCUGUAGGCGCUUUUGGUGGUUGGACCUAUGUUUGGACCGUAGAAAAAAUGCAAUCCCUGACGCCAUGCGGAUGGUGUCGUCGCUGCACCUCAGGCGUCCUCCUUCCUCUUCUGCUCUUUUUCCCUCUUGCGCAGCGCAUCCCUCUCCUUCUUCGCCCGCUUGCGCGCCUCCUUGUCCAGCGCCUCCCCCCCGCGCUUCCCGCUGGCCUCAACGCCCGGCUCCUCGCCCCCCUCGGCCACGACAUUCGUCCGCUCGCCCACCUCGCCAAUCUCAGUCCCGCCCUGCUCCCGCUCAUACACGUCCUUGUCCUGCCACUCGACUUCCCCACCCGUCUCGUCUGCGCGCGUCUCGCCCUCGCCCUUGCCCUUGCCCUGCCCUCGUCCGGUAUAUCGCUCCUCGACCUCGGCCACCUCGGGCUCCGGCGUCGCCUCGGGCUCCAAAACCUCGCCGCGCAGCCCCGCCGCGACGCGCCGCAGGUUGUGCAUCACG